AUGGAUCCAUUAGGUGAGAGGGAGAUGAGGGUCGCCUGCUGCCUGGCUUACAAUGCACCCAGCCCCAGUGCCUCUCCCUGUGGUGUGCCCGCAGCGCAGCAGUUAUUUCUGGCUGAGCUUGGCACCAGCCACACAUGCUCCACUUCCAGUUCUGGCUCUGUGUGUCCUGAUAAAGAGCCAGGACUGCAGCCAUGGAUGCCGGGACACAGCGAGGACCACCGUGUUACCAUCGGUUACGGCAGGAAGGUCCUCCUCACAACUUCAGCUACGGUCCACUCCAUUGAGAUUCUCAGUGGCGGAAAGCUGGUGAUUGCUGACACCAACCGGGCCAUACUGCUGCGAACAAAACACAUUCUGAUUGGGAACAAAGGGGAGCUGCACAUUGGAAGCCGAGACUGUCCUUAUAAAGGCAACCUCACCAUCUCCCUUUUUGGAAGAUUGGAUGACAGUGAUAAGGAUCACAGCUACUUUGGAAGGAAGUACAUUGGCGUGGGGACAGGGGGGACACUAGAGAUCCACGGAGAAAAGAAGCUGUCGUGGACGUUCCUCAACAAGACUCUGCACCCUGGAGAGAGCAACCAGAACAACUAUCUGUUCCAGAGAGGCUGGGGCAGCAGAGGCAUCAUCAUCCAUGUCAUUGACCCUAAAAGCGGAGAGGCGCUGCACAAUGACAGGUUUGACACGUAUCGCAGUAAGGAUGAGAGUCGGCGCCUUGCUAAGUAUGUGGAUGAUGUGGGGGCGGGGCUUAUUCUGGCGUUGAUGGUCAAUGACGAGGGCUCCAACAACUUGGAGGACUCGGCCAAGAAGAUCCUCUUCAGGCUGGGCAGCCAGCACAUCAACACUCUGGGAUUUCGGCAUCCUUGGACCUUUAUAGUUACAAAAGGAGACCCUUCUUCUGUUGUCGAGGAUCACGCUUCCUAUCAAGGAACUAAGGCCUCCUCAGAGGCUCAGAGCGCUCAUGUUUUUAAGUCGAGUUAUGGGGAGCAGUUUACUAUUACCACCAGAAGCCAGUGGGUGCAAGGUAAGUGGCCACAGUCAGCUGAGACCCACGAUGGCAUAGCGGCCAACCAAACGGGAGAUGUGAUCCACAAGAAUGAUAAGGACUACGGCUUCGUCUGCCUCAACAAGGACCAGACUCAUGACCUCUGUCGCAACUACAGAGUCCGCUUCCUCUGUGGAAAACUGG